UCUUGACCGCAGUUGCGGCACGCCCGGCUCCCGCCCUGAGGGCAGUCUUUCGCGAAAUGACCCAUCUCGUUGCACUUGCGGCAUUCGACAUUCUCCGGGUUCGGUGGUUCCUCGCAUUCGGCAAUCUUGUGACCCGAUUUCCCGCAGUUCUUGCACGCAAACUUGUCAACACGAGGUUCCGGGCAGUCUCUGACGCGGUGACCGUCGCCGCCACAGUUGUAGCAAGAAAUCUUGGGGGCGUCGGUUCUCUCAACCUUUUCCUGCUCACAGUACUUGGAACUGUGACCGAGUUCCUUGCAGUUGAAGCACAGUGGAACCCCUUUGUCAACAACCUCUCCGGCAUCAUCCAAACGAGAGAGAAUCUCGGUGCGAUCCUGUGGCCAACCCUCAAUUUCGCGAGGACGAUCGGGUUUCUCCGAGAACCGAUAGGAGACGGUGUACUUUUUCCCCAUGUCUCCCUGGAGAUUCAUGUUGGUAAAAAUGCUGAUCAGAGGCCUCUCAGUUGCAAUCAGCCAAAGACCGAUAUCUUGUUCGAUAAGAGCCUCCUGGAGCUCUCGAUAAGUGAUAUUGCCCUCAAGAGCUUUGACGUACUCCUGUACGGCUUCCUUGGCAUCGUCAACUUCGCGCUCAGAGACUGCCUGCUUGAGCUUCUUCCAGGCUUCAUCGGGAUCGACGGUGGCAAUAUGAUCGCGGUUGAUCUUGCGAGCGUUCUCGCAAUUCUUUCGCAUAUGACCUUCCUCUCCGCAGUUCUCGCACAACAUAGGAGGCUUAUCCGGGCAGUCUCGGACCAUAUGUCCGGGCUGCUUGCAGUAGCGGCAGGUCAUGUCUUGACCCGUCUCUUGAGCGUUGGGACACUCAGCUCGGCGAUGGCCAGCUUCACCGCAACCGAAGCACUUGUCAUCGCCGUUGCCAUUUCCAUUUCCAUGGCCGAAGCCGGUGUCUCCCUGUCCAUUCUGGUCAAAGCCAUUGGCUCCUGCAUCUGUUCCAUUGGAACCAUAGGCAGCGCCGUCGCCUCCAUAAUUGUUGAGGGUUGAACCGCCACCACU